UCUUAAGGGGGUAUAUCGGGUAUAUGUAUAUCUAAUCAUCAUCGUCGUUCACGUAGUCGUAGGUUGUCGUAGGGCUCGUAGAGCAGUAAUUUGCGCUAAUAGCAAAAGAGGUUAUUUAUUCAUAUUAUCCAUUGUCAGUUUCAAAGUUUCAUUUCAACUUUGAAGAAUCUGGAUUAGAAAUCAUUUGUUUUGAUUUAAUUUAAGGAUUGUGAAUUUUAAGAUUAGAAUUUCAUUAACAAAUAUCUAAGGAUAAAAAUGGCAGACGAUGAAGGUGGAAAAGAAUAUCGAUGGGAGACCGGUUACGAAAAAACAUGGGAAGCGAUAAAAGAAGACGAUCAUGGAAUGUUGGAUGGAUCUGUAGCAGAUAUAAUUCACAAGGCAAAGAGAAAACGCCAGUUAGAAAAAGUUGGUGGUGCACGAUUAGGAAUGAUGAGACACCUUUAUAUUAUCCUCGAUGCUUCAGAAUCCAUGUCCAAUCAAGAUUUAAAACCAACACGUCUAAUGUGCACAAUCAAACUCUUAGAAGACUUCAUAGAAGAAUUUUUCUAUCAAAAUCCAAUAAGUCAACUUGGGAUAAUAUUGACUAGAAAUAAGAGAGCAGAAAAAGUCAGUGAUUUAUCUGGAAACUCAAAGAAACAUGGGCAGGAAAUAAAAAGUUUACUGCAUACCACCUUAACUGGAGAGCCCAGUCUUCAGAAUUCACUGGAACUUGCUCUAAAAUCCUUACGUGUACUUCCAGCUCAUUCGAGCAGAGAGAUUUUGAUUAUUAUGGGCUCUCUCACAACGUGCGAUCCUGGGGAUAUAAACGAAACUAUACAGAAUUUGAAGACCGACGGUGUGAGAUGUAGCGUGAUAGGUUUGGCAGCGGAAUUGCAUGUGAGCAAACGAUUAGCCACAGCAACAGGAGGUGACCACGGUGUUGCGUUGGAUGACAAACAUUUUAAAGAGCAAUUACAAGCUCAUAUAGAUCCCCCACCAGCGGCUACGAGGUUGGACGCCGCUCUCGUAAAAAUGGGAUUUCCUCAUCAUUCUCUUCAAACGACCGCAGCCGAAACGACAAUGAGCGUCUGCAUGUGUCACGCUGACAGCGUCGACGACUCUUCAAAAUUGACGAGCGCCGGAUAUCUGUGUCCCCAAUGUUUGAGCAAACACUGUGAACUUCCAGUUGAAUGUCGAGCAUGCGGUUUGACUCUCGUCUCGGCUCCGCACUUGACCAGAUCGUAUCAUUAUUUAUUCCCAGUCGAGCAUUUUCGUGAAGAUCAAAAUACCGGGCAGGUCACCUGUUGCUACGGCUGCCAAAAGGAUAUGACAGUCGAAAAAAAAGUGUACGUGUGUAACAAAUGCACCCAAACGUUUUGCCUCGAUUGCGAAAUAUUUAUUCACGACUCUCUUCACACGUGUCCCGGAUGCGCCACGAAUCCGGCGAGUUUUCUAAAACCAGGUGAAUUUCCCACGACAUGAAAUAUAAAGCAGGAUAAACUAUUGGAUCGACUGAUUCAUUUCCCAUUAGUACAAUGAAGCCCCAUUCUUCAAGGUAGCUUUAUUUUUCUAUAAAUUAUUCUUCCAAUAAAUUUUUCUAUCUCUUUCAUAAUAAGAAAAUUGUGAAUGAUUUUCACACAACUACCACGAUAUUUACCUCAUGUAAAAUACAUCGAUUCGUUGUAUAUAAUUGUAUAUAAUAAAACAUUUUCUAUAUUUA